GGAACUGUCUUGGAGCAGCAGCCAGUGAAGUAAGACUAAUCUAUUUGGGAGGGACAACGGGAGCCUUAGUGACCGCGGUAGACGGGAGAGACAGGCAGCCGCUCGUGACAGCCACGCGCGUGUGUAUGUGUGUGUGAGAACCUGCUGCUGCUGCUGCCUGGCGAAGCUUUCAGGGCCCCGCCGCACGUGUGUGUGUGUGUGCGCGUGUGUGUGCUACCUCACUCCGCCCCGCCAACACACCUCUAAGGCGCAUUGUUCCCGCGCACCUGAACCGAAUACUCACUCGUCUGCCUGUCGCUUGAGCCGAUACCUUUUUUGUUUAACUCUCGUUUCUCGGGAUAACUGUGGCAUUGUGAGGGAGACAAGAGACUGUAUCACUAAUGGCUCGAGCUCUGACGUUACGGUGGAAUUAGCAAUCUUUUAUUUUAAUUGGUCAUAUUUUUUUUUUUGUUAAAAGGUCGAGGGAUUGGAGCCUUCACGCCUUUUCUCAAGUGAUACGAUAAUUUACUCUCCGCUCCGACGAUCACCACCACCACCACACCCAGUCAGCCAGUCAGCCCCAGGGAAAUAUGGACGUGAAAAAGGAACGCUUAUCUCCACUCCACCACGGUGAUGGAGGAGGUGGUGGAGGAGGAGGAAACUACGUCAAUCCAUCUGAUAUCUCCACCUCCACAGCAUCCACUCGGCCUUGCGGUGGAGUGGUCGCCCCUCCACCACCACCACCACCACAACAACCACCACCACCACCACCGUCAGCCAGCGACCAUCACAACAACCUCCACCAUCACCAUAGCAACAAGGCGUCAGGUGUUGUCAAGUCCUACCAUCAUCUGACAGCGGUCUCCAACAACUCCUCCCUCCCCACCGUGAUCUCCACCACUUCCUCUUCACCCUCCCCCACGUCCUGCACCACCACCGGAGGAGGAGACCUGGGAAGGAGCACGGUCUCCAACAGAGGAGGAGGAAUAGGGAUACGAGUGUCCGUCGUUGGAGGAGACAGCGGCGGUGUUGGAGGACGGAGCCACCUCAUUGUCGGAGGAGGAAGCGGAGACGACAGUAUAGUGGAGACCGUCCUCAUGCCCGGCGCCCCUAACUUCUCCGGGGAGAUCAGUGACGCCGUCUCCAAGAUCCUGGAGGACUACGACUGGUCCAAGAUACCCCUGGCGAACAAGGACGGCACGGGUGACAGCGAGCGACGGAAGGUCCACGUGAAGCGACCCAUGAAUGCCUUUAUGGUGUGGGCGCAGGAGGCCAGGCGCAAGUUAUCCUGUUCUCAUCGCCAAGUCCACAACGCCGAGCUCUCCAAGUCUCUCGGCAGGAUAUGGAGGGGAAUGACGGAGGAUCAGAAACGUCCCUUUAUCGAGAGGGCCGAUCACCUCCGUCGGAAGCACAAGCAGGAGUACCCGGACUACAAAUAUCAGCCUAGGAGGAGGAAGGAGAAUGUUAAGACGGUGAGCAAACCUUCGCCAGGAGGCCACAACACCCAGCUCGGCGUCCAGGACCUGUCGGGACCACAUCACUACGUCAGUAGUGUGAAGGGAGGUGGUCUCGGGCUGAACCUGCACCCACUGUCGCCGCCACACUCGCCGUCAGGUCAGGGUGUCAUCAGGGGACACACGGAGGGUCACCUGGGGGAGACCGUCUUUGUCCCCGACUGUCUCGCUGACUCCUUCGAGACCAUCGAUCGGGCCGAGAUGAACAAGUACCUCCUGCCCGACCAGGGCUCAGGCGCCCACUACACCUCCACACCCACCCACGUUACCCACGGCUCCCUGCAGCCCAUGUCCACCAUGGCCUCCAUGAACCCCAUGACGGCUCCCAGCAGCAGCACCUGCAGUAGCGCCUCCGGCACCCUCACCUCCCUCCCGCCCCUCGGCUCAAGACUCAUCCCCUCCGCCCAAGCAUAUGGAGGUUCUGGUUCCCCUUACUACACAGGGGGCGCCUCCCCCCAGCCUGGUAGCCACGGCUCUCCGGAUAUACCCAAUGAAAUCGUCGCUGGGGUGCCCUCGACAGGGGGGGUGUCCCCAGGGGGCUCCCCGGGCUCACCUGUAGGGGAAUUUGUAGAGCUACAGCCGCCGCGGGUUCCCAAGGAGGAGCCUCUGCCGCCCCUCUCAGCCCCGAAGCCCUCCAACAUGAACCCCUUCCUCCACCAGAACCUGUGUUACUCCACCCAGCCAUACGCCGCCUUCCAGUACUCCUACCCUUACGCCGCCAUGUGGCACUGAAACUCUCCACCCCCCCCGCCACUAGUGCCUAACUCAUCACCCGGGGUACAGUAGGCUGUGUCUGUAACUCCGCCGGACAACUUUACUGGUGAAAAAAAAAUCCCCCGUUAAACAGAAAGUUUGUCCAACAACCGCAAAAUCUUGUCGGUACACCACAACACUUGGGGAAACAAUUUUGCCAGCAACAACUACCGACAAGACCAGAACGUCAAACAACACAAUUAUUAUUUUCAUUCUCCGUGAGCGCGAGGCCCUGGUGAGUGAGUGGACACGGACACACCUGUUGCCCCAGGAGGAAUAGUUUAGUUGUAACGAUACAUACAGACACUGAAGGUGUAUAUCACUCUUGAUCCCAGAGUGAGUUACUUACGGACCACAACAUAUAGACAGUAAGGCCUCUCGUUAAGACAUUGAGAGAGGAUAAGUGUACAUAAGUGUUAGUAAGUGAACCCAUAACACGCCAUAACCUCCAUUAAGUGCCAUUAUCUUCUCCCCCUUCCCCCCUCCCAACUUGUGGCACUUCCCCUUUUGAAACCACCCUUCCCUUUUCUCUCAUCCACAAGUGCCAUCACCCCCCCCCUGGCACUAUGAGGUGUGAACACUGUGUAGAGACGAUCACAAUUGGCGUGAACUCUUUUUGUUUUUCUAUGUCUUAUUUAGUUUCCCUUCGUCGGGGCGUCCCUCGAGUGCUGUGAGUGCCAAGGUGUCGACUAGUGCCAAGGUGUCAACCAGUGCCAAAAUGUCGACUAGUGCCAAAGUGUCGAUCAGUGCCAAAGUGUCGAUCAGUGCCAAAUGAUUAACCAAUGUCAAGUGUUCGACCAGUGCCAGAAACAAACACUAAAUCACCAAAUAUACCACAAGUGUCAAACCGUCGACCAGUGCCAAGGUAUCGGCCAGUGCCAAGGUAUCGGCCAGUGCCAUUCCUUAAAUCAUCGUACACAAAAUGUCUUUCAUCACGCAUAAAAUAUAAAUAAAACUUGCGGUACAAACCCGGGGCCACACUGUAUAGUUAGACCAAACAAACUUAUCGUGUUCAAUAUAUCUAAAGCCUUCAUGUACAUUGGUUAUAUUAAUGUACAUUUUAUUGUAUCCUAAAAUAAAUCACUCAUUCCAAACAAUUUAUUUUUAGCCAUAGUAAUUCAUGGUAAUUUUGUAUUUAGAAAAAAAAAGUUGUUAUUUAGAAAUUCAUUUCAUUCCCCAAAAGAGUAUGUUAGAUAUAUUCUAAUUAAUCUCUUGAUGAUAUAUUAGGAUUCUCUAUAUAAUUCCAAACCUCCAUUCCAGUUCAAUAUAACACUGGUGAUAUUUAUAUAUAUAUAUAUAUAUAUAUAUAUAUAUAUAUAUAUAUAUAUAUAUAUAUAUAUAUAUAUAUAUAUAUAUAUAUAUAUAUUCACUUUAGCUCUUAUGUCGAGAUUAUUGUUAGGUAUAUGUCUUGUGAGUGGCUGGUUUGGUCCACCAAUCACAGCAAAGUUCGGCGAGAAUCGUCAUCAGCCAUUCCACCAAUCAAAUCAAGGUAGAUGAAUCACGCCACCGGCGAACCCACCAAUUACAGCAAGGUGGGAGUCACGUGAUCAGUCUAUCAACCAAUCUCGUAACAAAGACAACUUCUACGGGAGACCUGCGGUCAUGGCGUUAACUUCGUCAGUGUUGUCGUGUUCUGUGGUAAGGUAUUGUUAUAUACAGAAAUCUAAUUUAACGGUAAUAACCCUUCCAUUAACAAGAAUCAUAUGUUAAUUAGUUCUCACGCAGAACACAUCAGCGAUCUCUGUUCAUUGGACAGAUUCCUGAUUAUGACGUCAGAAGCCGUUCAUUGGAAAACUACCGCGAUGACGUCAGAGGCCUUUUGUUUAUUGGGUAAAAUUAAUACAUGUGACGUCAGAGGCGAGUUGAUUAUGUUACGCCCUUAACGUCAUAGCCUAAUGUGAACUAAGCUGGUGCUAUAGCUAGGAAAUUAUGUUAGUUUGAAAGCCUAGCUCAGCUAAAACUAUGUGUUACUACCAUAGCCUAGCUCAGUUAAGACGGAACUGCUCUUUAAAUCAGCUAAAUUACUUAACACUUUUAGCGUGGCUUGAUAAGCUAUGAUGAGUGUGCUUGUCCUAGCUUAGCUUAAAACCUACUUCCUCCAUAGCCUCUGUUAUGCUAAACUAGCUUGAAUUACGUAACCCCAGGAGCCAGACACAGCUCCCAUACCCUCUUGAUGGUACUGGUGGAAGUCACGACCGUCAGUGUUGGCUACUCUGAAACGACCACCAAACACCAGAGUUUUCGUAUUAGAUUAAACAACACGCUAUUCAUAAAGCCUAGCCCAGCUUAGAUUAAAGCAACACGUACAACAUUAGCUUAACGUACAUUGCAGUAAGCUUUAAAAACAGCUUGAGAGAAAAUUAAAUCACCUUGCAUAAUUAUAUAUCGAGUCUUCAUAACAAGCCUUGGCAACACUGACAAGAUGACGUCAUGGAAUCCCCUCUCUCUCUCUCUCUCUCUCUCUCUCUCUCACCUCAACGUGAUGUAAAAUGUUUUAGAGAGCUAUAAUAACCUCCCCACCUCCUCUUCAGUAUUAUCUACGUCAAUGGUCUCAACCAGGUCAACUUAUACUAAAUAAUGGAACUUGCCAAAUCAUAAACCUCAACAACCAAUCAUCGGCUAACUUUCAUAUGCCAAGAGAACGGUUGCUAUGGCGACAGCACAGCUAACUGACCAAUCACAAGGCAGGUUUCAUAAGGGAGCGUUCCUAAAUGUAGACAAAAAAUAGAGAUUCUCGGCCUGGUUAAAACACAUUGACAAACAUCAUCGAAGAAUAAAUAAUAAAUCUCUCGUUGAGCUAAAAAAAA